AUGCUGAGAGAAGUGACACCAAUAAAGCACACACUUGCAAAACUCUUCAAGUCAAUGCCUAACAUGUCAAACCGUUCUGCAACAUCCUUAGAUUUCAGCUAUGAUGUUUUCUUGGGUUAUUUCAAUGGCGGAACCAGCAAAGCAUUUGUUGAUCGUCUCAAUGGAGCUUUGCUUGCCAAGGCAAUCAGCACCUUCAGAGAUGGUGAAACUAGACCUGCCAUUGAAGGAAUUCAAAAAUCUAGAGUACCCAUUCUUGUGCUCUGUGAAAACUAUGCAUCUUCCCCUGCAUGCCUUGAUGAACUAGCCAAAAUCGCUGAGUAUGUUGACAACAAAGCAAAGCAGGUUACUGUGAUCUUUUACAAAGUGGAACCUACAGUUAUAAGGAAACAAAAAGAAUCUUAUGCAGAAGCCAUGAAUGAACAUGAGAAGAGAGAAGGAGAAGACUCAAAGAAGAAGGUACAAACAUGGAGGGAAGCUCUGAAAAGAGUAUGUGACCUCAGUGGUAUACAUUUUAAGGACAAUAUGGAUGAAUCUGAGCUAAUAGAGAAGAUUGUUAAAGACACAUUCACUAAAUUAGCUCCUGUGCCUUUUCAAAUCCCCCACGUAGUUGGCCUUGAUGCUCACUUCGAAUGUGUGAUGUCAGUUUUAGAUAUUGAGUCUAAAGAUACCGUUGGCAUGUUGGGAAUUUAUGGAUCUGGUGGAAUUGGCAAAACCACGUUUGCCGCCUAUCUGUAUGACAACAUCAGGCAUAAAUUUGAAGCAGCAACAUUUCUUAUCCAUGAUAGAGAAAGAACAAACAGAAGCAUUGUAGAGGGCCUAGAUGAUCUCCAGAAGACACUUCUAUCUCAGAUGGGAGAGGAAGCAAAAACCUUGGUGGGUAGUACAUUAGAUAGAUGCAAUGAAAUCAAACUGAGGCUUCGCAAGAGUAGAGUUCUUCUGGUUUUGGAUGAUGUUGAUAAUAAAGUAAUAUUGAAAUCACUGGCUGGAGGAUGUGAUUGGUUUGGUCCAGGUAGCAGGAUCAUUAUAACAACAAGGGAUGCAGCUGUGCUAGACAAUCAUGAUGUUGAAAUUAAGAAAUACAAAUUGGAGGAGCUAAAUGACCAUGACUCUCUUGAACUUUUUUGUUCGAAAGCCUUUGGUAUGAGCAGACCUGCAGAAAACUUUGAAAACAUGUCAAGUCGUGCUGUAAGUUAUGCAAAGGGUAUUCCAUUGGCUUUACGAGUAAUUGGUUCCAAUUUGAAGGAUCGAAGCAUAGAGGAAUGGGAAAUUGAAUUGGGCAAAUAUAGGAAGGUUCCAGAUGCUGAGAUUCAAAGGGUACUAGAAAUAAGCUACGAUAGUCUAUCUGAACUGGAUCAGAGAAUUUUCUUGGACAUUGCUUGUUUCUUCAUAAGGGAGAAAUGGAUAUAUGUUCAAAGGAUAUUAGAGGCUUGUGAUUUCAGUCCAAGUUUUCGAGUCUUUGAUUCUAAAUGCCUCAUAUCUAUUGAUGAAAAUGGUUGCUUGGAGAUGCAUGAUCUAAUAAGAGACAUGGGUAGAGAGAUUGUUAGGAAGAAAUCACCGUCAAACCCUGGUGAACGGAGCAGACUAUGGUCUUGUGAAGACAUUCUUCAAGUACUUCAAGAAAACUCAGGAGGCAGCAAAAUUGAAGGAAUAAUGCUUCAUCCCCCUAUACAUGAAGAAAUAGAUCAUUGGACUAAUACUUCCUUUGAGAAGAUGAGCAAUCUCAGAAUUCUUAUUGUUCGGAAUGCAACAUUUUCAACUGGACCUAGUUAUCUGCCGAAUAGUUUACGCCUACUUGACUGGAUGGGAUUCCCAUCGAAGUCUCUUCCAACUGAUUUUCAUCCCGAGAGAAUUGUUGACUUCAAGUUAUCUUAUAGUUCUCUAAUAUUUGCAGAGCCACUUCAGGCAUUUAAAGAUUUGAUAUUCAUGAAUAUCUCCCAAUGUCAAUCCAUAACUCACAUACCAAACCUGUCUGGAGCAAAAAGCUUAAGAGCAUUGACACUUGACAGAUGUUAUAAAUUGGAAGGGUUUGAUAAAUCCUUUGGAUUAUACAUGACAAAUCUUGUGUAUUUAAGUGCAUCGGAGUGCACCAUGCUAAAAAGUUUUGUGCCAACAAUGUACUUUCCAUCUCUCGAAGUUCUUUCAUUUAACUUCUGCACAUCACUUGAAAGCUUCCCUGACGUAAAACGGAAGAUGGAUAAGCUGUUAAAGAUUCACCUGAAAAAUACUUCUAUUAAAGAGUUCCCGAACUCCAUUCCUAAACUUACUGGGCUUGAGUAUGUAGACCUGUCAAAUUGUGAAGGGGUCAGAGAUUUAUCAAGAAGCUUUUUAUUGUUGCCAAAACUUGUCACGUUAAAAGUUGAUGGAUGUUCUCAACUUGGACAAUCAUUUAAAAAGUUCAAAGAGAGCCUUUCAGUGGGAAAUCCUUGCUCAAGUUUAAAGGCACUAUAUUUCAGCAAGGCUAAUCUAUCAUAUGAAGAUCUUUACACAAUUCUUGAAAUAUUUCCAAAAUUGGAAUUCUUGAAUGUACCGCACAAUGCAUUUGUAUCCCUCCCAGAAUGCAUCAAAGGAUCUUUGCUGCUGAAAAGUCUUGACAUAAGCUUUUGCAGGAACCUUGUGGAAAUCCCAGAACUUCCAUUAACUGUUCAGAAUGUAGAUGCAAGAUACUGUCAGUCCUUAAGUACAACAGCAUCAAGUGUGCUAUGGUCUCAGGUUUUUAAAGAGACAGAAAGAAUACAGGUCGUGAUGCCAAAAACAGAAAUUCCGAAUUGGUUUGACUGUGUUGGAAGUGAAGAUAUUCUGGUUUUCUGGGCUCGCCACAAGUUCCCUAUUAUUGCACUAGCAUUUGGGCUCCAUGAGAUACAAAUGGACAGCUCAGCAUUCUUCCCUGGAAUCAUAUCAGCUAACCAGUCCCACAAUGUUGGCCUGUACUUGUUUAUAGACGGCCAAGAAAUAUGUCACAAAGAUUACAAUGUUGGGAAAAAUCAUGUGUUAGUGUGUGAGUUAAGGGCUUUGUUCAAUGAUGAAGAGUGGAAGGGUCUUGAUGCGCGCCUUGGAGAUGAUUGGAAGCCUGUUCAGGUUCAAUGUAAAUCAAACUUGAUAUUGAAUCGUUGGGGAGUUUAUGUCUACAAGAGGAAAACUAAUGCUGAUGAUAUCCGGUUUAGUUUUCCCGAUUCAAUAGACAAUGUGCCAUCAUCAUGUUUGGUUCCAAAACCAACUCCAGAUCAGAAAAUAAAACAAGGUCUUGAUUUUGUUGAAAUAUUUGGCCAGUAUUUGAAUACUCUUAAAUUAGAGCAAUCUGCCUAUGUUGCAAAUGAGCUAUUGAGAUGGUGGAGGAAUUCUAAGGGUGAUGUCAAAGAGGAAGUUUCAUCCUCUACAUAUGGAGCUAGUUUAAUGCAAGAACACGAACAAUGUUUGUGGGAUUUGGCACAUAUUUUAGAGAUGAUGGAGAAUGUAGCAAAACACAUCACUGAUUCAAAAGUUCAAAGUGCAGGCCAGUUGGUGAUACAAUUAUUGAUGGCGCGUGCACAACCUAUGAAGGAAAAAGGCCAUGAGACGUUGCACAUUAAUACAAGCAUUCCUGUUAUACUGGAGGAAUGUGAGUACCACCCUUGUACAGAUUUAGCAGAAGCUCCGAGACGUCGCUAUUGGGGAAGCGUGGAGCUAGAAGAAGGAGAUCCAUUUGUGUGGAGAAUUUGGAAAAGCAAAGAAUCCUUUCAGGAGAGGGUAAGCAUUGUUUUGUCAAAAUAUCAGCAUACCUCUACAGAGGGAGCUUCAAGCUCUUGCCAUGGGGGAUCCUUGGAGGAAGAAAACAAAUAUCCUCCUGCAUUGGAAGAAUUAACUAGGAGGAUAGAGCAAGAUGCAAUGAGGUUGAACAAAUCUUAUGGGAAGUUGAAGGCUUAUUUUGUUCCAAUAGAUGUCCCAGUUUCUGACAAAUAUAAUUUGGAAACAGCAAUCAUCAGAGGACAAGAAAGGUUGGGAAGGUUAGGGUCUAAUUUCAACAAGACACCUUAUGGGAAGUUGAGGGUGGCGCAUGAUGAUGCUCUGGAUACUGUUCAUAUGCAGCCUGAGUUGAGGGUGGAGCAUGAUGAUGCUUUAGGUACUGUUCAUAUGCAGCCUGAGUUGAGGGUGGAUCAUGAUGCUCAGAACACUAGUCAGAGUCAGAAGCAAUAUGAGUUGGGGGUGAAGCAUGUUGCUCAGAGUCAGAGCACUGUCCAGAAUCAAAGUAAGAAGGGUUGGACUAAGAUUCUUAAUUGGUGGAUCCGCUGAUGCCUGACGCUCUUGUACUCCCAGCGAUGCGAUAGGCAAAUCCAUUAAGGCCACAGCCAAUUAUGUGAUUGCAUUAAAAUUGAUUUAGAUGAUAUUCAUAUACGACUUUUUGUACCCCUCGGGUGUAAGCUUCAGCCUUUUAAUCUCCUCCCAACAGAUUUGAGAGUGCACUUGUGAAGCAAAGUAGGAGGACAAAGGACAGUCUUUUUUAUCCAACCCUUUAUGCUUUGAAUCUGAAAAGAAAAGAUGUCAAACUUUUCAACUGCAUUAAGGUAUCUGUUUUAGCUACAUCCUGAAAUGUUUUAGCUUUUUAUCUUUUGCUAUUGAAUGAAUGAACUUGUUUAUUGGGUGGUCA